CGCGGCCGGGAGGGUUUAAACUGCGCGCAGGCGCGGGCGGCGGACCGGAGGGCGCUAACCUGGUGGUCGCGGGCGCCUCGGCAGCUGCGGCUCUGGAAGCUCCAGAAGUAUGUCUCAGGAAGGUGAUUAUGGGAAGUGGACAAUAUCCAGUAGUGAUGAGAGUGAGGAAGAAAAGCCAAAACUAGACAAGCCAUCUACAUCUUCCCUUCCCCAUGCUGGGCCAAGAGCAGCAAAUGAGCCAAGUUACACCUGUUCUGAGGCUAGAAAAGCUGCCUAUAAAAGAAAAAUCUCACCUGUGAAGUUCUGCAACACAGAUUCACAAGUUUCAUCUCCGAAAAGGCAGAGGAGUGGUUCCCAGGAAGACCUAGGUUGGUGUCUCUCCAGCAGCGAUGAUGAGGUGCAACUGGAAACCCAACAGAAACAGGUUGAGAACGUGGUGGUCAGAGAGGAGCAUGGAGUCUCUUCUUCCAAGGGCAGUGCCACCCAAAGAACUGGGAAUCACAGCCCUCCCGCCCACCAUGGGUUCAAAGAGGAGGAAGAGGAGUAUGAAACCUCAGGGGAAGGCCAGGACAUUUGGGACAUGUUGGCAAAAGGGAACCCCUUCCAAUUCUACCUCACUCGGGUCUCGGGAAUCAAGCCAAAGUAUAACUCUGGAGCCCUCCACAUCAAGGAUAUCUUAUCUCCUCUAUUUGGGACACUUGUAUCUUCAGCUCAGUUUAACUACUGCUUUGAUGUGGACUGGCUCAUAAAACAGUAUCCACCAGAGUUCAGGAAGAAACCAAUCCUGCUUGUGCACGGAGAUAAACGAGAAGCUAAGGCUCACUUACAUGCCCAGGCCAAGCCUUAUGAAAACAUUUCCCUCUGCCAGGCAAAGUUGGAUAUUGCAUUUGGAACACACCACACGAAAAUGAUGUUACUACUGUAUGAAGAAGGCCUCCGGGUGGUCAUACACACCUCCAACCUCAUCCAUGCCGACUGGCACCAGAAAACUCAGGGAAUAUGGUUGAGCCCCUUAUACCCACGGAUGGCCCAGGCAACCCACAGAUCUGGAGAAUCAGCAACACAUUUUAAAGCUGAUCUUAUCAGCUAUUUGAUGGCUUAUAAUGCUGCUCCUCUCAAGGAGUGGAUAGAUACCAUCCACGAGCAUGAUCUCUCAGAAACCAAUGUUUAUCUUAUUGGAUCAACCCCAGGACGCUUUCAAGGAAGCCAUAAAGAUAAUUGGGGACAUUUUAGGCUUAGAAAGCUUCUGAGAGAGCACGCCUCAUCCAUAACUAAAGGAGAGUCUUGGCCGAUAGUAGGUCAGUUUUCAAGCAUUGGGUCCAUGGGAGCUGAUGACUCAAAAUGGUUGUGUUCUGAGUUUAAAGAAAGCUUGGUGACGCUGGGGAAGGAGAGCAGGACCCCAGGGAAGAGUGCUGUUCCUCUUCAUCUGAUCUAUCCUUCUGUGGAAAAUGUGCGGACCAGCUUAGAAGGAUAUCCAGCUGGGGGCUCUCUUCCCUAUAGCAUCCAGACAGCUGAAAAACAGAAUUGGCUCCAUUCCUAUUUUCACAAAUGGAUGGCUGACACAUCUGGCCGCAGCAAUGCUAUGCCACAUAUUAAAACAUAUAUGAGAUCCUCUCCAGACUUCAGUCAAAUUGCUUGGUUCCUUGUCACAAGCGCAAAUCUGUCCAAGGCUGCCUGGGGAGCUUUAGAGAAGAAUGGUGCUCAGUUGAUGAUCCGUUCCUAUGAGCUUGGGGUCCUUUUCCUGCCGUCAGCAUUUGGCUUGGACAGCUUCAAAGUAAAACAGAAAUUCUUCUCAGGGAGCAAGGAGCCAGCAGCCGCCUUUCCUGUGCCAUAUGACCUGCCUCCAGAACUGUAUGGAAAUAAAGAUCGGCCAUGGAUUUGGAACAUUCCUUAUACCAAAGCACCAGAUACACAUGGGAACAUGUGGGUUCCCUCCUGAGAAUCUUAAAACAUUGAAAUUUAGGUGUAAGACAUCAUGCCCCAAGUAUUAUAUUCUUAUUUGUACUGGAUGUUCACCCUUACAGUUUCAUCUACACCCCUAACAAAACUCUGCAUAGGUCGCUCUUGUGAACUUGGAUGUUCCUUUUACUUUGGUCAUUAACAGUGUCACUAAAAAAUAUAUUUUCUUAGUUCACCUUUUUAAGCUUUGGAAUGAAAGCUAUCCGAUUUGAUAAUGUUAAGAGAAUAUAAUAGCCAUAAAAUCAUUCUCACAGUGAUGUGGAAUCUCACGAUGGUGUCUGCUCUUCCAAAGUGAAGAUUGUGUGUAUGUGCCCCAUCAGGAGAGGUGCUCUUCAACUGAACCUUGUCAGAGAAGGUUUGCUCCCCACCCAGCCCUCUGAGCAUGUCUCGGGGUUGCUGGCCGUGAGUGUGCAGGUGUUCCUAGCCUCUGUCACUGCAGGGUCGGUGUGGCUACCCUUCAGACACACCCAAUCCCACUGCCUCUCAUUGUCCUGCAGCUUCAUGAGACUUUUCAUCCUGGUGCCGUGCUGGCUGCCUCUCUGCUUACAGGUGGGUCCCACUGGACCGGGCCACUUGCCAGUUGCUCACCCAUUUCCAAGUGGAUGGGUGUCUCUUUCAUCCCUGUGAAUUUCCAGAAAAGACAGCUCACAGAACCAUAGAAAAGCACAAGUAUUUUACUUGGAAGAAACCCUGAGAAGUGACCUAAUUUGCUGCCUUCAGUUCACAAGUAAGGAAACGGAGUCCUCCAAAGGUUCAGGAUGUCAGAGCUAUGAGUGUCUCCACUUUAUGUAUGUACGUCCUUCAUACUUAGCAAUCAAGUUCUCCUAAAAUGUCGACUUUUCUACAUGAGGCUGAUUUCCAGUUUGUCUCCAGCCUCUUGAUCUUACAACUUCAAAGAGUGUUGGAUAUUAAUUUUGAAAGAUUUUUGAAGAUAACUUUUCAGACUGUUCCUCAGAGGCCUGUGAUUUUCACCUUAGGACCUGGCAGGGCAGGGGCCCUGUCAGAAGUCUGGAAAGGCAGCUGCGGGUCUUCCACCCUCCUCCUGUCCCAGACCUAGUCUGUAUUUUGGGAUCCUGUAAAGGAUAUUAUCUGGGAUUGAGUAUGUGUGUGUGCACGCAUACACACUGCUUUGAAAAUUUGAGAAACCACUGAAUUAUUCAUCUUACCUGUGUAAUGAACCUGGGUAAACUAAGGCUGAAACCUUUUCUGACCCUGCCUUCUACUUCCCAGAACCUGUAAAUCCUCUGUCAUAUGAGCCAGGAAGGCAGUGGGAAGGUGGUGCCCAGGGCUGGCCCAGAGGAGGUGCCCGGCAGUCUGUGUCUCCAAAGGCCUGACAGCAGACCCCAGAUUCUCACCAGCAUGCUGAUCCCAUCCUGGGCAGGGGUAGGGCAGCAUCAAGCAAGCGUCUCAGCAAUGUGACCGUGACUGGGCUCUGCAGGAUGGGUUCACCUAAUCUGGGGGACACCAGCAGAUGGACAACAGUCACUGGGUGGAGCCGCUCACAUGGGCACAUUGCUCAUCUUAUCCACAUCACUCCGAAGUGGGUUGGAGCUCAAAGCCAAAGUCAGACUGCCAGUUUGACUCACGACUCUGCUGCUUAGGGCUGUGCGACCUCAACUGUGUUACUUCCCUGUGCUUUGGUCCCCUCAACUGUAAAAUGGGGGUGGUGGCAAGACUCCUUGCAGAGGUCUCUCCAGAGUGGUGAGUGAAUGUGUGAAGAUGCUCAGAGCUUGCCCUGCAUGAGAACUGUACGCUGCUUGCUCUGGCCCCUGCUAUAGCUGAUCCAUUACGAUUAUCCUCAUUUCCUGAGAAGGAAAUCUGGAUGCAGAAAGGUAAAGUGCUUGUGCAAGGUCAUGCUUCUAGAAAGUGCUCUCACUGUGUUUGAACCCAGGUCUGGCAGCAUCUAAGCAAGGCCUGUUUGCUGCCAGGUGGCCCAAGCUCCCAGGCAGUGUGGUAUCUGAGAGGGGCAGUUUUACCCCCCAGUGUGCAGUAGACAGAUGCUUAUGUAGACUACAGAAUCGGGCUUGGGUGUUACAGCACUGUCAGAUUACAGUCACAGCUUUUAAAUGCUCAUUUUCUGUACUCCUCACAGACCAGCCUUGGUCCAUGGACCAUACUUUAGCAUUCCCCCACACCCAGUGGGGACCCAAAAAGGCCCCCAUAAUAACUUACCUGGAAGCAGACAAGUUCUGUAGAAGGGGUGGAGAGGGGUACCAAGGUACUGCUAGGGGAAGCCAUGCUCAAGGGUUAUGCACUCAGUGAUGUCCAGGCUCAUCUGCUAACAGCAGCCUCCUGUGCCCCUUACCCUGGUCUGCAUGGCUCAGGGGUUUAGUGCCUGCCUUCGGCCCCCAGGGCAUGAUCCUAGAGUCCCAGGAUCAAGUCCCACAUUGGGCUCCCUGCAUUGAGCCUGCUUCUCUUUCUGCCUGUGUUUCUGCGCCUCUCUCUCUCUCUCUCUCUCUCUCUCUCAAAUAAAUAAACAUUCUUUAAAAAGAAAAAACCAUGCCCCGAGAAUAAUCAACAUGAGAACACAAAAAGUAAGCAGAUCUACCCCAUCUGGUCUUUAAAAAAAAAAAAAAAAAGGGACUGAAUUACCCAAAGUGCUAUUAAAAAAAAAAAAAAAUCAAGCAUUCCUGUUAAUGUUUGAGGAAAUUGCUUCCAUUCUCAAACCCCAUUCUCAGGUUGGGGUUUAUGUUAUUUCUCCCUGACUCAAGAAACACUCGCUCCUUGUGUCUAUAGGUAGCUGCUGCCGCCCUUUAUCCUCCCCCCACCCCUUUUAGAUCUGGAAACACCGUCCAGGACUACCUGCUGACGGCAAACAUCCACAUCAAGGGUACCUGGGUGGCUCAAGUUAAGCAGCUGCCUUCAGCUCAGGCCCUGGGAUGGAGCCUGAGUUGGGCUCCCUGCUCGGCACGAAGUCUGCUUCUCCCUCUGCCAGGCUCCCCCUACUUGUGUUCUUUCUCUCCCUGUCAAAUCAUCUUUUUAAAAAAAUCCACAUCAGAAUUCAACUUCCUGCUUCUUCAUAAACUUCUAAUACAGGAGACUUCACGGCUGAUGGAGUAUCUCUGCAUAUGGACAAAAAGAACUGCCUUUUUGUAAUAAGUUUUCUCUUGAUCUUUAGAAAGCUUACCUAACGUUUUUUUACAGAGAUGGACACAUGGCCAGAAGUCUAAAUAAGAUUUUCAUACUAGAAGAUGCAUUUCAACAGAAUAUUCUGAAUGAGCAUUUAAGAGACGUAAAAGAUUUUUAAGGCAGAAAAUUGUCCCUUCACAUAGCAACUUAAGUCACUUGGCAGGAAGAUUCGAUGUCCCCUCCAUCUCUCACAUUCUCUUAUGAAGAGAGGAAUGGUCUUCCACCAGCUGCUUUUUGUGGGGUGAAGGAGAGAGAGGAUUUUUAAUUCUUUGAUUCAUUUAUUUUAGAGAAACUUAAGCACUUGACUCCCUACUGAGCACAGAGCCUGAUGCAGGGCUCCAUCUCUGACCACAAUCACAACCUGAGCUGAAACCAAGAGUCGGACACUUAAUAUGACUAGGCCACCCAGGCACCCUUAAAUUAUUUUUUAUCACACUUCUGGGAAAGGCUGCCUGGUUUUAACUAUAGUUGAUGCAAAUUGGCCUUAAAAUUCACUGAUUCGGGAGGCUGUAUUUUUCCACAUAAUAGCCAGUGUUUCCUGAGCUCUUCCUACAUCUCCAGCUCCUAUGCUUAAGUGCUUUACAUUUAAUCCUCACAUUGGCCUUCUGUUAAACAUCCAUAAGGUUCCAUAGUGACCGUGAGCCCACCUUUGUUUCCUGGAUUCUUGUGUAGAAGUUAAACAGUUCCUAAUAGUAAGUUACUAAUAUGUGACUCCCAAUGCAUAUGGUUUCUGCAUCCAGUUUGGCACGCUGAAAAUAAUCUUGGAUUUCACUUUGUUGCAGCUGUUUUCCACAUAAAUUACUCUCUAGGUAAAUGCCUUAUUAGUCUGCGGUGAAACCAUUUUUGGAUUAUCUAGAUGUUUGAUUCAAAUCUUAGGACGUUUUACUUUCUCAUAACUGAAGAAUCAGAGCUGUAACCAAACCCUUCCUUGAAAAUCCUUGCUUUUGACAAAUACCUCAAAGAAAAAUGUUAGAAAGGCAUUCUUUAUUUACAUCCAUAAAAUACAGUAAUUGUAUUGAUAGAUGAAUGUAGAUGAAUGAUGUUCAUUAUAAUGACAAAGUAUGACUGCAAAAGUGCAGGAACUCAAUGACAAAUAGCUUAAAUAUUGUGUAGGAUUAAAUAUAAAAUUCUGUUGAUAAUGUGCUAUCUUUACAUGUAUGCAUAGAUCCUAUUAUGAUAAAAUUAACAAAUUUUCCAAGUUUAGGAACCCACUUUUUUCCAAGCAAUAUCCUGGAUGAAAAAGUACUACAAACAAAACUACAAUUUCUUACUGCAUUUUUAGCAGCUAGUAAGUUACAGGUCUUGGGUGGCUCUUACAGGUCUUAAGGGUAAUGUGCAGCUAUUUGCUCCUGGGAAAUGCCAGCAGUGCCCACAACUAGUGCCCAGUGUGAAGGCAGGUGACCAUCUGAGCCCAGACUCUCUACUGGUCCCUGAGUAAUAACAUUGACCAGCAAGUACAGAGCACUUCAUGUGUGCCAGAUACUGUUUAUGUAUUAACCAAAUCUUCAUCAUAACCCAAUGCUCUUAGCCACUUUAUAAAUGGGGAAAUGAAGGUUGUUUGUCCGAAGUCACACGCUGGCAAGGGGCAGUACUGGGAAUCGAACCCAGGCAGCACAUGUGGCAGAUGUUCCCAGGCUCCAGCAGGCCUCAUAUACAGGAUAUGUAAUGAUAGCUACAAAACCAGGUACACAUUCAUCCCCUGUAACAGCAAAUCAUGUUUGGCAUGCCCAAACCAGCUAUGCAUGCACAAAAUCAACCACCAAAUGCUGCAUUUGUAUGUGGGUCUGAGUCACUGGGUGAUUAAAGCCCGAACCUGACCAUGAAACUGGUUCCUCUCAAGUGAGAGCAUGGAGAGCUAAAAGCAUGGCCACAUUAAGAAUGUUCUCUUAACUUCCCUGACUGAAACCUGCUGUUCCCACAGACUUGAUCUAAAGAUUUUAUUUUGUAUUUAUUCAUGAGAGACACAGAGGGAGAAGAGGCUCCAUGCAGGGAGCCUGAUGUGGGACUCAAUCCCGGGACUCCAGGAUCACGCCCUGGGCUGAAGGCCGUGCUAAAGCACUGAGCCACCCAGGCCACCCACAAAGACUUUAUCUAAAACUGCAGAAGGGAUUAUGCCAAGUGUCAAAAGAGAAGGUAGCAUAGAAAAUGCUGGGGGGAGGAGGAUAUGAGGCAGCUCAUGAGAUGAAAGAAGAUUGUCUAGUGCAGUAACGUAAGGAGGGGUAGCAGGCAGACACGGAGACCACGCAAUGCUAAAGGCCACAUCCGUACUUCAGAGUUCUCAGCAAGUCCAUCUCAAUGGAUAAUUGAAUUGCUGUAUCUCAAGUGCUUCCUGUGCUCUUAGGCCUACCAGAAGCCCUCUGAAACUAGUCUAACCAACCCUAAUCAGUCUAAGGCACUGUUCCUUGGUCCCUGUGUAGCAAAGUUCUCAGAGCACUCCACUCUCAAUAAGAACUGGAGUCUUUGAUACACAUAAAGAAGGGAAAGGCAAGGGAAAAAUUGCAGCCAUAGGGAAUCUAUUACAGGUAUAAUCAACCAUAUGUAAUUAUACGCAUCACAGCAUGGGGCAGACGAUACCUCAUCUGAUAGGAAGGGUAAAAUAAAAUUCAAGGUCCUAACUAGCAAGUUUUCCCUUCCAGCCCCAAGGGCACAGUUGAUGCCACUGCGCAUGCCCUCGGUAGCUCUUCGCUCACAGGUGCUUUAGAAAUUAACAUGGUAGCUGAAUGCAGAUUUUGUUUUCUUCAGAUAAUUGACAUUACUAAAGUUUAAAGGCCCUAAAUAUUUGUUAUUCUGUACUUUAUCAAUAUUUUUAUGAAAGAAUGCAUUAGGAUGCUUUUAUAGCUACAGAAGCCAGAUUAAUUAGGCUUAAACAGCAAAAGACUUUAACGGAGUCUAGCAAAUGCUGGAGCCAGAUGAUUGUAAUGUAACAGUCUCUCUCCAGAUCUGGAAUAUCUGCUUUCAGGAAUAUGGAGAUCAUUCUCAAGCAAGCUUUCUCCACCUGGAAGCUGAAAUACCCCCACACCCUUUCUCAUCCCAGGAUCCCACAUUAUUUCCAGGUAGUUAUUUAAAAAAAAAAAAAAAUUUUUUUUCCCAAUAGUUACAGCGAAAGUGCCCAGAUACACUGGAUGGGCCAGGUUGGGUCACAUGUCCAUCCCUGGUGCAAGCAUGCCAGGUUAAGGGACUGCCCCUGGCGAGGGGUGCAGUUGUGGAGCUCACCAAAGACCAGUGGAAAAUGCCUGAUGGGCACUCCAGAGCAGGAAGUCUCUCUAGGUGAGGCACCAAUAGCGUGCGUGCUAGGGGAACCUUUUAAUGCCUCAUCCUUCAAUAGUGUGUGCAAGUGUGCAGAUUUUAUUUAAAAGGAAAAGUUAAAGAAGGAAAAAUUUUAAGUCCAAGUUUCUCAUAAAUUUGCAUAAAUAAAUCCUUGUAACCUGAGUUUUCUAAAAACUGCCGGUCAACAUUUUAAUAAAUCAUGAAAUCAAUUUAGGGAGUCAGGGCCAGCAGUUUUCAAUGAAAUCUAGUAGAAAAUCUGAAAAUAUCUGUAGCACCAAGUGAAGUAAUUUUUUCAAUUUACACAUUUAUGAGUGCCUUCAGGGUAACAACAUAAAAUGUAUUCUUUCCCCGGUUUGUUAGUUCUACCUCACUGAGUGGAGACAGUUCUGUGGAUAAGGGCUUGAGGUUGACAAGCCUGAACCGUGACUCAGCUCCAAGCCACUCAGGACUCAGAAUUGUCUGAUCCUAGCUCUGUGCCAUCCCCACCAUGAGACCUUAGGCAAGUCACGUGAUGCCUUUAAGUCUUCAUUUUCUCAUUUGUUAAGUGGGGCCUAAUACCUAUCCUUCCUGCCUCGUACAGUUGUUCUAGGAAUCAAAUGAAAGGGUGCUUUUAAACGUUGGCAAGAAUUCCAUAAAUCUAAGUUGUAAUGACUCUCAUUCUCAAAAGUGCUUGGGAUUGGCAGUCACCCUCUGGGGCACUCAGGAUGGUAAUUCAAAUGCAGAAAAUCAAGCCCACACCUUUGGAAAAUUUAGCAUUUUUCUACAAAUAUUGCUUCUAAUUAACUAGAUACAAGUUACUUCUGGAAGAUAGGUAGAUUUGAGCCCUGGCAGCAGCAGGGGACUCCGUUCACAAGGAAAUCUGCCUCCCUGGACCAUCUCUCAGACAUUCUAAAGAACUCCGUAGAACUGACGUGCAGACCUCCAGUCCUCUAAGUACCAGAUCCACAUUGCCUGCUGCCUGUUGGGUAAGACUGCGGAAUCCUUGCUAAUGUGACCCCAAAGGGUGAGUUGACACUUCAUCCCUGGAGGAAGUCCAUUUUACAAAUAAAAAAUAAAAAAUAAAAAAAAACAGGCUGCAGGAGGUAUGGGAACCUGCCUAAGGUUGCAUUCUUGAAGAUCACACUAGCAAGCUCCUGCCUCCUGAACUCCUCUGCUACCAGAACAGGCUCAAGAGAUGAGCAUCUCUAAUUGUGCUGAGAUGGGCAAAAUCUGCCUUUAGGUAGGAGAGUGGUCUCAUUGAGCCGCUCAACACCUUUCUACCGACAGCCUGAGCCCUGGUUCCUCACCAUUAUUCUCUUCUCUGGCGUCUGGGUCACACUUGGCAGUGGAUGGCCUCUCUCCCUGGUCUCUAAUUCCUAUUCAUGGAGUGGCACCCUGGCCCCCGUUCAAAGUGUAGAACUAGGUGGCCUUAAAAAUAAGUUCAGGAGUGAGGAGAGGGGAUUGGCUGCAUGCGGGAAUUUUGGGGGCAAUAGAAUGUUUCUGUCACGAUUACAAAACCCCUUGAGUUGAUACACCAAAUUGGUUAACUUUUCUUGUAAAUUAUAGCUCUAAGUUGAUUUUUUAAAACUCAAAGAAUGCACAGUUCAGCUACCCCCUCAUUGUGUGUAAAUUUUACAUUAAAAGAAGAAAACUAAAUUGUUGAAUUCUAGUUAAUUAUACAUACGACCGAAGUAAGUUUAGGGAGAAGCAGUAACGGCUGCGGUUUAUUCUGAAUUGCAUGGAAAUAAGGUGUAUCAUUGGAUAGAGUUAUAGUGAAGUAUAGGAAAACUUUACAAUCCAGGCCACCACUUUAAAAUUAUUUUACCUUUGGUGUGUAUGUUUGAAAAUUUCAUUUUAUAAUGUGGGAGAAACCAAAUAACUUUAGGUUUCUGGCUGGGUCAAAGAGCUCCAGUUGAACCAACUCUUUCACAAAUAAAAAAUAUAAGCUCUGGGAGAAAAGUCUUUAAAAACCAGCUACCGGAAGCAGGCAAAAACUGAACGGGAGUCGUCAACUGGAAGGAAGGCACCACAUGAGGGGAGUUUCCUGAUUUUGUUUCUGUGUCACCACUUUGGGCCUGAGGUCAGGUCUCCAUCAGCACCAUGAAACCUCCAGUGGAAAUCUUUCUCGGCUUACUGGCUAGAAGAUUGAGUACAGGGUUUGGAGCAGCCAUGGUGUCUGAGCAUGAAGGAACAGAAUUCAGUUUCUACAACACAUCAUAAAUUAUGUAUCAGUUACACAUUUAGGAUAUAAUCCAAAAUUACCCAAUAUACAAAUAAAGAGAAAGACAUGGCUUGUUCUCAAAAGACAAGCAAAGGAAGCCAAAAGAACCUCCAAAGAGUGUUUAAUUAAAGCUAAUAAAAUUGUGUUCAAGAGUAUAAAAAAAAAUAAUAAGAUUUUUAUUAGAGAGUGACAGAGCACAGGAUGGGGAGGGGCAGGAGGAGAAGCAGAGGACCCACUGUGUCCCAUUCUGGGACUCUGGGAUCAUGACCUGAGCCAAAGGCAGUCGUUUAAUCAACUGAGCCAGGCAGGUGCUCCCCCCACCAAAUUCUUUUCUUUUUUUUAAAGAUCUUAUUCAUGAGAGAGACAGAGAGGAGCAGAGACCUAGGCAGAGGGAGAAGCAGGUUCCCUGUGGGGAGCCCAAUGUGGGACUCAAUCCCAGGACCCCGGGAUCACGCCCUGGCCGAAGGCAGACGCUAACCACUGAGCAACCCAGGCGUCCUAAAUUCUUAUUUUGAAUAGAAAGCAAAUCUCAGCAGAGUAGUAAAAAUUCUUUUUAAAGAAUUGAAUGGCAAUUUUAGAACUGAAAAAUCUAAUGCCUAUGUAUUCGGGGUGGGGUGUGGACAGUUUCUCCCUCCUCUGUGUGCCUCCUGUACUCUCAUGUGACCACCACACUCAACACACUUCUGGUCACCAGAUGUGUGGGGUUUUUUGCCAUGGCAAGCAAUCCUGAGACCCCAGCUGGGUGUCCUACAAUUUACAUUAACACAAUCUGCCUGGAGAUCGCGUCAGAUCCCACAGGUAAAGGUCUCUCAAGACCUAGCCCCCCCACACACCCCCGGCCUUCAGGUGCCAGUUACAAGUCCAGGUUAUCACCUGUGCUUCUGACCCAUCUGCUAUAAAUCCGAGGUUCCCAUUACCCCUCAGGUUUGAUUAAUUUCCUGGAGCAGCUCACAGAGCUCGGGGGAAACAUGACCAGUUGGUUAAAGCAAUGAUACAGACGAGUGACCAGGCAAAGAAAUACGUGGGGUGAGGUCUGGGAGGGUCCUGAGCAUAGGAGCAUCUGUCCCCGUGAGUUAGAGUGCAUAACCCUUCCAGUGUGCAUGUGUUCACCAACCUGGAAGCUCCUCAAAUCCUGCACUUUUGAGGUUUAAUGGAGGCUUCCUCACAGAGGCAUGAUCAAUCAUAAAUUCCGUUUCCAGCCUCCUCCCCUCUCUGGAGAAUGAGGAGAAGGGGCUGAAAAUUUCAAGUUUCUAAUCAUAGUUGGGUCUUUCUGGUAACCAGCCCCAAUCCAGGAACCGCCCCUCUGCCCCUCAACCCCAGAGUCACUCCUGUAGAACAUAAGGUGUUCCUAGUACUGUUACCACUUAGGAAUUUACAAGGGUUUCAAGAGCUCUGUAUCAGGAACUGGGGGCAUGAACCAAUAUGUGUAUUUUCUACUAUCUCACAAUCUGAAAUUAAAAGGCUUCAGUAGAUGGGCUUAGUAGCAGACCGGAGAUGACUGAGGAGUCAGAGAACUUGAAGGUAAACAGAUAGAAAUGAUCCAAUCCAAAACACUAAACACUGGGGAUGGGGUGGGAAUUCAAGGUUUAACAUCUGUGUGAUUGGGUAACAACCUGGGUAGCUCCGCGGUUCAGUGUCUGCCUUUGGCUCAAAGUGUGAUCCCAGGAUCCAGGAUCGAGUCCCACAUCAGGCUCCCUGCAUGGAGCCUGCUUCUCCCUCUCCCUGUGUCUCUGCCUCUCUCUGUCUCAUGAAUAGAUAAAUCUUUAAAAAAAAGAAAACUGCGAUUGACCUCCUAGGAGAUGAGUAAGUAUGGGGCAGAAAAAAUAUUUAAAGAAAUAAUGGCUAAAAAUGUGGUGAGACAUAAAUUUACAGAUAUAAGCAGCUCAGUGAAUAAGCGACAGGGUAACACAAAGAAAACCCCACUGGGUGCCUCCUAGUCAAACUCCUGAUGACCAAACUUAAAGACAAAAAUCUUGAAAACAGCUAGAGGGAACAGGAGCAAUGAUUUGAAUGACUGCUGACCUCAUCAGAAGACAGCACAAAAGGUCUUUCACAUGCAAAGAAGAAAGGUCACCGCAGAAAUCUAUAUCCACUGGAAACAUCCUUCAAGAAUGAAGAUAACCAUAUUAUCAGGUAAAAGAAAACUAAGAGAAUUUGCAGAUCUGCGCUGCCAGAAAUGCUAAAGGAAAGGACAUUCUUCAUGUUGAAGGAAGAACUUAGCAGAGAGAAGCUCAAAUAUUCAGGAAGGAAAGAAAGCUAUCAGAAGGAGCAAAUAUCUGCACAGAUAUAAACGACUUUCUCUUAAGAAAUCUAUAUAGCAGAGGUGGAGAUGGGCCAGGCUUUGUGCCUGGUGGGUGUUCACACAGGCUUGGGGUGCUGCAAUGGAGCAGGUAUUGUCUUUGCCCCGGUGAAUGCGCUAGGUGCAUGGCUUCCUGUUCUUGGCUGGGGCCUUGCCUGACCCAGCCCUACCAUGGCUUCAGCUUUGGUAGAGGCCUCAUUGGCUCUGCUAUGCUAGCCUGAGGACAGGAAGCUUCUUUAAAUCAAUGCUGACUGCAGAAACCUAGGGUCACUCCACUGCAGAGGGUGGUUGGAAGCUACAGAAGAAUCUAGAAGAGGUGAAGGUGCUGCUGGAAAAGACCACUCGAAAAGGCUAGCUGAAAACUCCAAGAUUGGGGAUCCCUGGGUGGCGCAGCGGUUUGGCGCCUGCCUUUGGCCCAGGGCGCGAUCCUGGAGACUCGGGAUCGAAUCCCACGUCGGGCUCCCAGCGCAUGGAGCCUGCUUCUCCCUCUGCCUAUGUCUCUGCCUCUCUCUCU